AUGGGCUCGCAAUGCGCGCAGCGCGUCGUCGAUGGCGAAGGGCCGCUCCAGGCAGCUUCUUUAGAGGACUGUUGCCACCUCGAGGGGGAAACUCCCAUCGAGAUCAGGAUCACACGCCAGCCAGGCCGAGGUUGGUAUGCGGGGCCACCACGCGGCCAGCCGCCCCUGGUCAUGCCCAUGGUACGGACCGCCCAGCACCGCAUCGGCCCUGUUCCCGAAGCGGAGAAGCCGCCUAUGCCCAUCGGCGUUCCAGGGCGCUUUCCGCCCCCUGCCACCGUGGCCCACCGGCCGGCCGACGAGCAGGGCUUUGACGGCGAUGCCUUUGCAGAGCCUCCCGACUCUGCGCGAGCGAAUCCCGGGCUGAUGCACGACCCGGCGGUGCUCCAGAUGCUCUACGCUUGGACCACGGAUCCGGGUCACUUCCCAGAGAUUGUCCGCGUGCAGAAGAGAGGCCAAGGCCUCGACGAAGCUGACGUGAGAGAAGAGAGGAUGGCUGAGGAGGACAGCGACCUGCUGCGGGUGCCGAUGUGA